AAUCAGAAGGCAGGUUGUGACUCGCUGUGCGCAGGCGCCGUGAGUGAAAUAUUUCAUGUGUUGUACGUCGUGUCCGGUGGAGGUCACAGUCGUUGGAGCAAACUGAGGCUGCUGUGGUCAUGGCCAAGCUGUUUGAGUCUAUCGGAAAGUUGGGGCUCGCCCUUGCUGUUGGUGGAGGUGUCGUGAACUCCGCGCUCUUCAACGUUGAUGCAGGACAUCGGGCUGUCAUAUUUGACAGGUUCAGAGGUGUACAGGAUGCAGUCGUCGGUGAAGGAACACACUUCCUCAUUCCUUGGGUUCAGAAGCCCAUCAUCUUUGAUUGUCGAUCCCGUCCACGCAACGUGCCUGUCAUCACUGGCAGCAAAGAUCUGCAGAAUGUUAACAUCACACUGCGUAUCCUCUUCCGGCCGGUGACGAAUCAGCUGCCCCGCAUCUUCACCAGCAUCGGCGAGGAUUACGACGAGAGGGUGCUACCGUCCAUCACCACAGAGGUCUUAAAGGCUGUUGUGGCUCGGUUUGAUGCCGGGGAGCUCAUCACCCAGAGAGAGCUCGUGUCUCGACAGGUCAGUGAGGAUCUCACGGAAAGAGCUUCCACCUUCGGACUCAUCUUGGACGAYGUAUCACUGACACACUUGACCUUUGGUAAAGAAUUCACAGAGGCUGUUGAGAUGAAGCAGGUGGCCCAGCAGGAAGCAGAGAGGGCCCGUUUUGUUGUAGAAAAGGCCGAGCAACAGAAGCAGGCUGCCAUCAUUUCAGCAGAAGGGGAUUCUCAGGCCGCCUUGCUCAUCGCUAACUCCCUGAUGGAAGCCGGUGAUGGUUUGGUGGAGCUCCGAAAGCUGGAGGCAGCGGAAGAUAUCGCCUUCCAGCUCUCACGCUCCCGCAAUGUCACUUACCUGCCGUCAGGACAGGGCACAUUGCUGCAGCUGCCCCAGUGAUAGCCUCCCACCUAACCAGCUGUGACAUGGGCCACGGAGGGGCCGGCUUGAUGAUUCAGCAGAUGGUUCUUGCAUCUUCACAUACAUUCCUCCCACUCUUUCUCAAACUACCACUGGACUUGGCUCUGCUGUUUGCAGAAUGGUGGGGGAUAGAGUGAGAGGUCUGUGAAUACAUUUAUGAAGUCCACUCUUGUGUAUGGAAGUAAGGAGGAGAAUUAUUCCACCUUUAUYCUAAACGUAUAAAACUUUGAGGAAGAUCAUUAGUGCAGUUAAUUUGACUUGCAGCUUUCCCUCAGAACGGGAGCACUGCAUGAAAGAAACGUUAAACCAUCAAGGGAACUGGUAACUGAUUUAAGACAUGCUAAAUUGCAAAUGUUUGUUGUGC